UUUCACGUGACAAAUUGGACUCGGAAGUAAUAAUUUUUCUGAAAGUUGACUGCAACUGCUGUGGAUUUUAAGGACGAAAUUUGACGAAGGCGACUUCGACCAAUUUUAGGUCUAGGAAUCUAUCUUGAGUGUAUACGCCAUGGGUAAAGAUUCAAAGCCCAAGGAACCGGCAAAAAAGGGAAAGGGGAAGCAAGCUUCAAGUGGAGAGGAGAAUUCUUCCAAGGGUAAAGGGAAGGCUGGCAAGUCGGAAGAUGAUCUUGGCACCUGUACCUUUGUCAAAGCAAGGCAUAUUUUAUGCGAGAAACAAGGGAAGAUUAAUGAAGCUUACAAGAAACUGCAAGAAGGUUGGUUGAGCAAUGGUGACAAAGUCCCUCCGGCAGAGUUUGCAAAGGUUGCGGCAGAGUAUUCGGAAUGCCCCUCGGGAAAGAAAGGCGGAGAUCUUGGAUGGUUUCCUAGAGGAAAAAUGGCUG